CCGAGCCGAACUCAUGGCUGUCACUCCCCCAGCCACACCCGAAGGCCCGAACCAACGCCGGCACGAAACCCAGCUCCCAAAAGAGCCCGAAACGCAAAUCAACCGAGCGCCGGAACAGCAGCGGGGCGCCAGUGCCGUGUCCUUCACUCGUUUGGAACCCUGAAACGUAUCCAGAUGACCAGAUCUACACGCGAUACCUUCCUUCUAAUCCAAACUCCCCAACUUCCAUAAGUACGACUCCCGAGAUUCCACCUUGCAGGAUUGGACCUGCCGUUCUCCUUCCUCGCCAAAAAAGAAAGAAAGAAAGAAAGAAAAGAAACUGUUGUUCUUGCUCCGGUCAGGCGAAAGAUUGGACUGGCCACGGCUCGAUCCGGCGUGUUCUCUGGUUGAGCCGUCUCUGGGGUUAGCUUCGCCGGGAGCGGUCCAUGGCCAGCGCGGAGCGCGAGCAGGAGGCCGCGCUGGAGCAGGGGCUCCUCGCGCCGGAGGAACCCAACCAACUAACAUACACUGGAGAUGGAUCAGUUGACUUUUCUGGAAAUCCUGUUGUGAAGGAACGAACUGGUAGAUGGAAGGCAUGCCCAUUCAUAUUAGGAAAUGAAUGCUGUGAACGGCUGGCCUAUUAUGGCAUCUCUACAAACCUUGUGACUUACUUGACAAAAAGGCUACAUGAUGGCAAUGCCUCUGCUGCUCGCAAUGUGACCACAUGGCAGGGAACUUGCUAUCUGACUCCCCUUAUUGGAGCAAUCCUGGCUGAUGCAUACUGGGGGAGGUAUUGGACAAUUGCAACAUUCUCCACAAUAUACUUCAUUGGGAUGACAGUACUGACCCUUUCAGCAUCAGUUCCUAUGCUCAUACCUCCAUCCUGUGAAGGAUCAUUUUGCCCACCAGCAAGCCCUUUUCAAUAUACUGUCUUUUUUCUUGGUCUUUAUUUAAUUGCCCUUGGCACUGGUGGAAUUAAGCCAUGCGUCUCAUCCUUUGGAGCGGAUCAAUUUGAUGAUACAGACCCAGUUGAGCGAAUCCAGAAGGGUUCUUUCUUUAAUUGGUUCUAUUUUUCAAUAAACAUUGGUGCUCUUAUUUCAAGCAGCUUUCUGGUUUGGAUGCAAGACAACGUAGGAUGGGGACUGGGCUUUGGCAUUCCAACAGUAUUCAUGGGGUUGGCAAUCAUAAGCUUCUUUUGUGGCACACCACUUUAUAGGUUCCAAAAACCAGGAGGUAGUCCUAUUACACGAGUAUGCCAGGUGGUUGUUGCCUCUUUGUGCAAGUGGAAUGCACAUGUCCCAGAGGACAGCUCGCUCUUGUAUGAACUACCUGAUGGGGUGUCAGCAAUUGAGGGGAGCCGGCAAUUGGAGCACACUGAUGAACUCAGAUGUUUGGAUAAGGCUUCUACAGUUACUGAUCUUGAUGUGAAAACAGAUGAUUUCACCAACCCAUGGCGGAUAUGCACUGUCACCCAGGUGGAAGAAUUGAAGAUACUGGUAAGGAUGUUCCCUAUCUGGGCAACAACGAUAGUGUUUUCUGCUGUAUAUGCUCAGAUGUCCACGAUGUUUGUGGAACAAGGGAUGGUGCUUGACCCAUCCUUGGGUUCCUUCAAGAUUCCUCCAGCAUCUCUAUCUACUUUUGACACACUAAGCGUCCUUGUAUGUGUCCCGAUCUACGAUUACAUAUUGGUUCCAAUAGCUAGGAGAUUCAAUGGCAACGAGAGGGGCUUUACAGAGUUGCAGAGGAUGGGCAUUGGCUUGGUAAUUUCCAUCAUAACAAUGUCAGUAGCGGCAGUCCUUGAGAUCAAGCGGCUGGCAAUUGCCAGGGAUGAACAUUUGGUGGAUCAGAAUGUCCCAGUUCCACUGAGCAUAUUCUGGCAAAUUCCUCAGUAUUUCUUGGUUGGUUUAUCAGAGAUAUUCACAUUCAUCGGGGCACUCGAGUUCUUCUAUGAUCAAUCUCCAGAUGCCAUGAGAAGUCUCUGCAGUGCGCUGCAGCUCCUCACAACGGCGUUCGGGAAUUAUCUCAGCACAUUUAUUUUGACAAUGGUUGCAUACUUCACAACAAGAGGAGGUAAUCCUGGAUGGAUCCCUGAUAACUUGAAUGAAGGGCAUCUCGAUUAUUUCUUUUGGCUGCUUGCUGGCCUCAGUUUUCUAAACUUGGUCAUAUACAUCAUCUGCGCCAACAAAUAUAAAAGCAAGAAAGCAGCUUGAGCUCUGGGUGUCAUCAUGGACGGUGCACUUCAAAAUCUGUUUAUAUGUUUCUUACCACAUGAACUCGCUGAGACUUAAUAAGUUAACCAUCUGUAUUUCAGGGGGGUGUCAUCUUCCCAUUGUCGAGUAUUUUUUUUAGUAUGUCAAGUUGAUUAAACAUUCACACUUCCAAUUUCUGUAUAUUCUUAUUUAUCAGAAGCCGUUGCGGAAUGUAG